AAUUAUACAAGCUUUUCAGCGCCGUUGUAAAGUGUCUUUCGAUUCGGAGCACUUCGUGGGAGUAGGCUCCGAAUGGUUUCUUUACGGAAGUUUGUAGAAUACAAAGAUAAAUAAGCGAUGUAUUGAAGAUUCAGUACAAGGAGGAGAACCACAAGUUUUAUAGUAUAUAUUUAAAAGGAAAAGAAGAUUUUCUUUUCGUGUAAAAAAGGCAUGGCARGAAUGAAGGUGUUGGCACUUGCAGCGUUUUCACUUCUCAUCACCUUGAAUAGCACUCAGACAAAUACUUCAUUAGCAGAUAUUUCUGCAACAGUAAAUACAACUGCACCAAUAAUUACUACACCGGUGUCUACUACUACUACACCAACAACUACUACUGCAUCAGUAAGUGCUUCUGCACAAACAACUAGUACUACACCAGUAACUACUGCAACAGUAACUACUUCAACACCAGUAACUACUACUGCACCAGUAACUACUACUGCUGCAGUAACUACUUCUGCAUCAGUAAGUGCUUCUGCACAAACAACUAGUACUACACCAGUAACUACUACUGCACCAGUAACUACUUCAACACCAGUAACUACUACAGCACAAGUAACUACUACUGCACAAGUAACUACUACUGCAGCAGCAACUACUACUGCACCAGUAAGUACUGCUGCACCAGUAACUACUACUACACCAGUAACUACUACUGCACCAGUAACUACUACUGCAUCAGUAACCACUACUGCACCAGUAAGUACUACUGCACAAGUAGCUACUACUACACCAGUAACUACUACUGCACCAGCAACCACUACUGCACCACUAACUACUACUGCACCAGUAGCUACUACUGCACAAGUAACUACUACUGCACCAGAAACUACUACUGCACCAGUAACUACUACUGCAACAGUAACUAUUACUGUACCAGCAACUUCUACUGGACCAUCAACAUCUACUACACAAGUAACUACUACUACACCAGUAGUAACUACU